CUGAGAGAGUGAGGAACAGAUGCGUGGAAAAUAAAAGCUGACAUUGCUGACAGUCAAGGGCACUGAGGGACAGCGGCAAUGAGGAGCGACACCAUGGAAGCAGACAAGAAACAGCAGCCAGGCCUCCUAGGGUGGCUGAGCCAUGGCCAAGGCCUCCUGGUGCUGCAUCUGUUCUCCAUUGUGCUCCUGACUGGGCUGCUGGUAGCUGUUCUUGUUCAAGGUCCCAGCUCCCUGGGAAAUGAGGAAAUCUACAAGCAACUGACACAGCUGAAGCGUGGCGUGGACAGCCUCUGUCGUCCUUGUCCCUGGGAAUGGACACUCUUCCAUGGGAAGUGUUACUUCUUCUCCAAGUCCCAGCGUAACUGGAACGAUUCCUACACUGCCUGCCAGGAAGUGGAGGCUCAGCUAAUCAUCAUUGACAGUGACGAAGAAUAUUCGUUCCUGAAUGUGAUUUCUAAGAAUAAAGGAUCCGCCUGGCUGGGUCUCUCUGACCUGAAAAAAGAAGGCACUUGGCAGUGGGUAGACGGCUCGCUUAUGGAUCACAGCUUCACGAAGUAUCAGAUGGGAAGGCCAAGUAAGAGUAUGGAAGCAGAACUCUGUGCAGAAGUCACAGAUGGACUCUGGACCACUGGCAGAUGUGCACAUAAGAAAUUUUGGAUCUGUGAGAAGCCUGAAGCCCCCUGUCCGGCAAGUAAAGUCUGAUCUUUCGGCAGUCCCUGAAGCUGGAUAUCCCUGGUAGAAAGCAGCAAUUUAUCCACGUGGUGAGAUUUGAACCUCUGGGGCGCUUCUGUGUCAAAGGCCUUAUACCCUAUGGCAGUGCUUCUCAACCUUCCUAAUGCUGUGACCCUUUAAUAUAUUCCCUCAUGUUGUGCUGACCCCCCAAACAAAGCUAUUUCCUUGCAACUUCGUAACUGCAAUUUUGUCACUUUUCUGAAUCAUAAUGUAAAUAUCUAAUAUGCAGGACAUAUGAUAUGCAGCCCCCUUCGGGAAUCAUGACACACACACAGGUUGAGAACCAUGGAUCCGUGGAAUUGAAUCAUUUAUAUUCUCCCUCCAAUGUUUCCAUAUAUUGUGCCACAAUUUCCUCCACUGAAACGUGGUACCCUAGAAGGUAGCUCAUUGAGACAUGGGAGAUCUUUGGGGUACAUAGGUGAUUUAGCAGUUAAGUGCACUUGUUGCUCUUGCAGAAGACAGGGGCUCGUGGAGAGAUUAAUCAUCAGUUCAGAGUUCUUGUGGCUCUUUCAGAGGACAGAAGUCUGGUUCUCUGCACCCAAAUUGAAUGGUUCACAGCCACCUGUAGCUCCAUCUCCAGGGGAUCUGGCAUCCUCCUAAGGGUUUUGUGGGUACCUGUACUCAGGUGCACAUGUCUACACACAGACACAUAUAUACACAUGAUUAAAAAUAAACAUAAAAUAUUUUUAUAAAAAGACACAGGAAGUUCUAUAUUUAGUCUCAUUUAAACUCAGGAGGAAAAUGCACAAGACUCAGGAACUCCCUGAAACUUAGCAGAUUCACAAGGGGUCUCCCUCCAUAAAGUUACAUAUAACAAGCAGUAAGAGUGCCUUGGAGAGAGACUUUCUGAUCUGUGCAGUUGCUUACAUGUCACAGAUUUCAUGAAUCAUCGUUUGUGUGAUAGCACAGCAGUCUCUAAGUCAUCCCUGUUCACGUAUGUAAACCUUCAUACCACUGUGCAUAACCCCAAUAAACUCUUUGGUUCACAAA